CACUAUCACCAGGUUGUAUAACAUCUACUAGAAUGGUUAUACAUUUUUAAUGGGUAAUAGUUAUUCAAGUUCACAAACUAUUUGAAACAAGAGGAAAAACGUGUCACCAAACUCAGCAGGAUAGCGUUCGCAGGCGCAGACGACAGUCCUCUAGGAGAAGGGUGCCCACCAUGUGGCUGCACUGUGUAGAGGAGCUGGGCUGGGCAGGGUGGGUGGUGAAGGGGCAGGAGCGAUCCUCUGUUGGCUUGUACCCUAGGUCGCUGGAGUGGCAGAGGCACUCAUUCUCAACUUGGCUUCUGCCUUUCUGGUGGGGGUGUUAAUGUUCCCUCUGCAGCAUCUCAGCGGCAUCUCCUUCCCUGCUGGGCUGAAUGCAAAGUUCCCCAACAGCACCAAGGUACCCAGUGAGGACUCAGGUAGGCAUCCAGACCCUUCUGCAGACUACAUUGGCUCCUUCACUCUUUUGACCUCUCCAAAUACAAACAAAAUCUAAAUAGGUUGCAAUCACAGGUUCAAGACAAACACCCUCAGUCGGAUUGGGAACCCCUGUAAAUCAAGGAGCCACAGCACACGCCCACGUGAGACACUUGGGCUCUCCUGCUCAGGUAAGGGAAAACACCCACAAAAGGGCAGCUUUCACCCACAACCAAAUUCAGCAAGAAAACCAGAGGCUGGAAAGAUCCCGGCGGAGGUGCAAGGAAACCUGGGUUCUGCUUCUGUUUGGCUCCUCUUCAGCAAGUUUGUUCUCUCUGGGGCCUCAGUUGCCCCUUCUGUAAGUGUGUGGGGAGUCGCUUUAGCUAAGUCAAGCAGAAGGGUCUCUGAAAUGUCACCGGCACACAGCAGGUGCCUCUAAUGGCAGUGGGAGCCCUCCUUAUGCCAGGGGGAACGUGGGACCACACACACCCCAGCACCCACAGCUUGCCAGACCGGUGACCAGCAAGAGCAGUGCCCUGCGGGGCAGGGGCAAUGUCAAGCCAGAGCAAUGCCAGGCGGAGGCGGGGCUCGAACCCACACUGAAGGCCCAGGUCAUGUGGCUGGGUCACAUGGUCCCACCCGGAAGCGAGCCGCGGGCUGGCUACACUCCGAACGCUGAGAGCAGCGGAUCUGCUUUUGCAGGACCAAGGAUGCUGUGCUCUUCCCUGAACUGGUCAGAAUCUAGCUCCUUGGAAGCUCUGCUGUAUGCCUUGCCAAGAUGAAGUGCGUGUUGGUGGCCACCGAGGGCGCGGAGGUGCUCUUCUACUGGACAGACGAGGAGUUUGAGGAGAACCUCAGGCUGAAGUUCCGACAGCCGGAGAAUGAGGAAGAGGAGCUCCCUGCACUGGAGGACCAGCUCAGCACCCUCCUGGCCCCGAUCAUCAUCUCCUCCAUGACGAUGCUGGAGAAGCUCUCAGACACAUACACCAGCUUCUCAACGGAAAAUGACAGCCACCUGUACGUCCUGCAUCUGUUUGGAGAGUGCCUGUUCAUCGCCAUCAGUGGAGAUCACAGUGAGAGCGAGGGGGACCUCCGGAGGAAGCUGUGCGUGCUCAAGUACCUGUUCGAGGUGCACUUCGGGCUGGUGACUGUGGACGGCCAGCUCAUCCGGAAGGAGCUUCGUCCCCCUGACCUGGAACAGCGUGCCCGGGUGUGGAAACACUUUCAGGGGCUGCUGGGGACCUACAGCCACCUGAGGGAACAGGAGCAGAGCUUUGCUGUGGAGGCAGUGGAGCGGCUGAUUCACCCCCAGCUCUGUGAACUGAGCAUCGAGACGCUCGAGCGACACGUGGUUCAGGCUGUCAACUCCAGCCCUGAGCGGGGCAGUGAGGAGGCCCAGCAUGCCUUCCUGCUUGUGCACUGCAAACUGCUGGCUUUCUACUCCAGCCACGGUGCAAGCACCCUGCGCCCGGCAGAUCUCCUGGCACUUAUCCUUCUGGUUCAGGACCUCCAGUCCACCCAAGGCACCGCAGAGGAGGACGAGAAUGAUGACGACAGCCCUCAGCCUUUCCCUCAGAGGAGACCCCUGAGCAGCCAAAACAUCCCAAUGCAGCAGGCUAGGAGCCAGAGCACCUCGGGCCCUACCAGGAAUUCUGAGGAGACGGACACAGACAGCAUCUCCCUCCCUGAGGAGUACUUCACGCCUGCUCCUUCCCCAGGCGAGCAGAGCUCAGGUAGCAUCCUCUGGCUGGAUGGUGGCACCCCACCCACCGAUGUUCUUCCGAUGGCUGAGAACACCCUCCAGGGGCUGGUGCCACACUCCCCAGAACCGUCCAGCCCCAGAAGGAUCUUCCUGGAUGCCAAUGUGAAAGAAAGCUACUGUCCCCUAGUGCCUCACACCAUGUACUGCCUGCCCCUGUGGCCGGGCAUCAACAUGGUGCUGCUGACCAAGAGUUCCAACACACCACUGGCCCUGGUCCUGUACCAACUGCUGGAUGGUUUCUCCCUCCUGGAGAAAAAGCUGAAGGAGGGUCAGGAGCCUGGAAGUGCCCUGCGGUCCCAGCCCUUUGUUGGAGACUUGCGCCAGAAGAUGGACAAGUUUAUCAAGAAUCGGGUUGGACAGGAGAUUCAGAGCUCCUGGCUGGAGUUUAAGACCAAGGCCUUCUCUAGAAGUGAAGCAGGAUCAUCCUGGGAGCUGCUCCAGGCCUGUGGAAAGCUGAAGAGACAGCUGUGUGCCAUCUACCGGCUCAGCUUCCUGGCCACUGCCCCCGGCAGGGGAGGCCCUCACCUGCCCCAGCACCUGCAGGAGCAAGCCCAGAAACUCAUGAGGGAGCGGCUUCUGGACUGGAAGGAUUUCCUGUUGGUGAAGAGCCAGAGGAACGUCACCCUGGUGUCCUACCUGGAGGACUUCCCAGGCCUGGUCCACUUCAUCUAUGUAGACCGUACCACUGGGCAGAUGGUGGCCCCGUCUCUCAGCAGCAGCAAGAAGAUGUCUUCCGAGUUGGGCAAGGGGCCCCUGGCUGCCUUCGUCAAAGCCAAGGUCUGGGCUCUGGUGCGGCUGGCACGCAGGUACCUGCAGAAGGGCUGCACCACGCUGCUGUUCCAGGAAGGGGACUUCCGCUGCUCCUACUUCCUGUGGUUCGAGAAUGACAUGGGCUACAAACUGCAGAUGAUCGAGGUGCCUGUCCUCUCAGAUGACUCAGUCCCCAUUGGAGUGCUGGGAGGUGACUACUACAGGAAACUCCUGCGCUACUACAGCAAGAGCCGCCCCUCGGAACCCAUCCGCUGCUAUGAGCUACUGACCUUGCACCUGUCCGUCAUCCCCACUGACCUGCUGGUGCAGCAGGCCAGCCAGCUAGCCCGGCGCCUGGGGGAGGCCUCCCGGGUGACCCUGCCCUAGGCAGAGUGUGCUGUCCUCUGCCUGGUCUCCAGCCAACCUUGCUUGCAGGCAUUCCCCACAGCUAGGCCUCCUCCCGUCCCCGGCAGCCCUGGGUCUCUCACAGGCCACCGCUCACUCCUCCACGCGGGCUAAUGAGCAAGCCUUCUCUGAAGGGAAGGGGAUGCCAUGCUUCUGUUGGCCUCCAGCACUGUGAGGUCAGAGAUGGCAGCAGCUUCCCUGGAGAACUGCCUCUCUGGGUGCCCAGGAGAGCAGAAGGGAGUCUUUAGUGCUCAGGCUGUGUGACGUCGCCCUCUUCCCACCAUUCUGAAUGGGGUAGCUGUUUCUUACUGCUGGCCAGCGUUCCAGCUUGGCUACCUCCCCCUCCAACUCUGGGAGAAUCCGGUUUCUUCAUGUUUGAACUGGUAAUACCUACCUCUCAGGGUGGUCAGGAGAAAACAGUAGGUGCUCAAUAAAUGUUGGUUUUUGUCAUUAUCCAA